CCUCCGGACGACUUGCAGCACUUGGCGGAUUCUAGCAACCCUCGCUCCUGCAGCUUCAUACUCGUUGAGAAGCAGCCAGUUGUUCUGGAUUGGUUCAACAACGACUGGGUGGGACCAGAAUGAAUGCGCAGCUUCGAUUGGUCACUGGUUUGGCACUCUGUCCUCUGAUUGGUCAAAAUAGCUCGGGUUCUUUCUGAGCAUACUUCCGGUUUACAUGUUGGAAAAAAGAAAAGACGAAUGGAAAAAUUGUAACCCAGAGAACGACCAUUAUCUUGUUAUAUAGCGAUACGGUAACGUCUGCACACAUUCAGAUAUAUUUGUUUGUUUAGCCGUCAGAAGUUUUUGCUGUUUAGAGUUGAGAAGUUAAAAGCAGGGGCAUCAGGUUAUCGAGGAGUGUUAGCUUGCUGCUAGCAAGCUUGCUAACGAGGUCAGAGGUUGUUAGAAUGAGCUCACAGCAAUACCCCCGACACGGACUACCCGCUAGCGGGGGCGGAUCUCAGAUUCCUGCCGCUGCAAACCUGCUGCCAGUCAACCAGUCAUCAAAUGCUGCAGGUGGUGAGACAGUCAGCAGUCGGGAUGUUGCUGAUCAUGGCCAACAGGAUCAUCCACCCUCCACGGCUGGAGCCACGUUGGCUUUCAGAGAUGACAAGCAGGAGACCAUGGUGGUCAGACCUUAUCCACAAGUCCAGGCACACGGACAGCCGCAAGCUGCUCCUCAAACGGUGUCCAUUCAACCUGGUACACCUGUGAAUGUACCUGCCGCUGCUGUCCACCUCCCACAGGGACAGCCUACAGUUCUCACUGAUGGACAAAUGAAGGCUGUACUAAAGUCCCCGAUGCCCAGCCGUCUUAUCGCCCCGGCACCAGCUUCCAACCAGGCUCAUAUGUCCAAGGUGGCAAGUCACAUUACUGUCACCAUAGAGAGCACUAUGCCCACCACGCCAUCUAUCCCCGUGGCAACCAUCAGUGGUCAACAGGGUCACUCCAGUAACUUACACCACCUGAUGCCAGCAAAUAUUCACAUCAUUAGGGCGCCCGCCGUCCCUCCCCAGACCUUCACUUCCCAUUUACCUCUAGGGGCUGCUCAAGCAGCUGUUAUGUCCAGCUCCAAAACAGCCUUGCGGCCUGCUACUGGAGCGAGCGGGGGCCCUGGCCAGCCCACAAUGCAGCACAUCAUCCAUCAGACUAUUCAGUCGCGCCCUGCUGUAACAACCUCCACCGCUGUGCUCCCGACUGUUGUGGCCCCCAUUUCAGCAACUAGAACGCAGUCUCCAGUUAUCAACCCAACUGUCACUCACUCGGAUGGGACUCUUGGACGUACGGCGUUGACCAUUCACCCCCCUCCUGCUGCAGUCAGCAUUCAGAGGCCUCAGACUUCCCGUGACACAGCUACUCGAAUCACUCUGCCUUCACAUCCUGCGAUUGGAGCUCAGAAGGCCCAGCCUCCACACACCAUGGCACAGAAACCCAUCUUUAGUACUGUGACCCCUGCAGCGACUGUGGCACCUAUAGUUGCCACCAACACUGUGCCAUCAACGACCACCAUAGGCUCUGUUCCUCAUACCCAAAUGACAAGUAGCACUAUAGUCACCAUGGCAAUGGCGUCACACUCCUCUCACGCCACAGCAGUGACCACCUCUGCCAUCCCUGUUGCUAAAGUGGUCCCCCAGCCUAUCGCCCACUCCUCGUCUCGUGUUCAGCCCGACUACCCCGGAGAGAGAGCCAACCUGAUCCCUAUCCCAGGCCACAGGUCGUCUCCUAACCCUGUCGCCAUGGAGACGAGAAGUGACAAUCGGCCUUCUGUGCCGGUUCAGUUCCAGUAUUUCCUGCCAGCGUACUCCUCAUCAUAUCCUCUGACGCACACCUACACCCCCAUCAGCAGCUCGGUCUCUACCAUUCGCCAGUAUCCAGUCACCCCUCAAGCACCGAGUUCAGCACUUCCCACUCAGGCUGGAGUGGGCGUGGCCACCACUGUCCACCUUAACCACAUGCAGCUGAUGGCUGUGGAUCGGAUCGGUCUUCCCUCGGCACAAAUCAGCACCCAGGGGAUCCAGCCUGCUCCCAUAGCUGCACAGGGCAUUCAGUCUCCACAGAUAGGAGUUCAGAGCCUGCACACCUCUGCACCAAUCACCACACAGGGAAUACAGCAGGCACCAAUCGUCACACAGCAGCAGCCACAGGCAGAGACAAAACCUGGGGUUGUGUUGGCUGAUGGCUUUGUCGCGAGCCCCAUAAGCACCACAUUUGGCUCCACCCAGCCAGUAGCUACCAUGGUGCAGUCCCACACCCAGGGAGCUCCCACUCUGGUGUCCUCCCCUCGACCCAGCAUUCUCCGCAAAAAGCCUGCAAAUGAAAGCUGUGUCCGUAAGACCUUGAUCCCUGCCCAGUCCAGUGAAUCCACCAGUGGUAGGAUGGAUGGUGGUGUGAGAGGAGCUGGGUCUCCUCGGCCUGCAGGUGUGAAACCCAAAGCUGAGGUGCACAUGGCGGUGGCUACAGUAGAGGCACUGCCUGCUCAGGGAGCAGAGCAGCAGGUGGUGGCUUCAAACCCUCAGCACCUGACCCAGGCCAUCCCCACCAUGCUCGCCACGCCUGGUCCAGCGCCUCCCUCCCAGCUUUCCACUGUCCUCUCAUCUCUGCCAGCAGCCAUCACUGUAACCCCCCCUGUUCCUGCCUCAAUGGCCAACACCGUGGCCUCUCCCACUCAGCCUGCAGCCAGUAGCACUGCUGCAUGUGCUACUAGCUCCACCUGCCCAGAUGUAAAAAUCAAGCAGGAGGUAGAGUUGAUGGACACCUCCCAGCCGGAUCCUAGUGUGAGCAUAUCAUCAGCACCAGCACUCACCACCCAGGCAAACGCACUGAACGCUCCUGCAACGGCAGAUCUCGUCCCUGGAGCUUCCCCAAGGAAGAAGCCUCGCAAACAGCAGCAUGUAAUCUCAACCGAGGAGAGCGAGAUGGUUGAAACAAACAGCACAGAUGAAGAGAAGACCCCAGGAAGGUCCAUCACCAGUAGAGCAGAGCGACUCGAAUCUCCUCCAAGGGAAUAUGUUGACGAAGAAGGAGUUCGAUAUGUUCCCGUCCGGCCUCGUCCACCCAUCACACUUUUGCGGCACUACCGGAACCCCUGGAAGGCGGCCUACCAUCAUUUUCAGAGGUACAGCGACAUUCGAGUAAAAGAGGAAAAGAAGUGCACCUUACAGGACAUGGCCAAUCAGAGAGGAGUGGCAUGCCGGGCACAAGGGUGGAAAAUUCACCUGUGUGCCGCACAGCUACGACAGCUGUCAAAUUUGGAGCAUGAUGUGUACAGCCGCCUCUCCACCCUCCAAGAAGGCCUCAUCCCAAAGAAGAGGGUAGGCGCCGGCGCUGACGACGACCUCCACCGAAUCAACGAGCUCAUACAGGGUAACAUGCAGCGCUGUAAGCUGGUGAUGGACCAGGUGGCAGAGGCCAGAGACACCAUGAUGAAGGUGCUCGACCACAAGGAGAAGGUGCUAAAGCUGCUCAACAAGAACGGCGCUGUCAAAAAGUCCUCCAAGCUGAAGCGUAAAGAACGUGCAUGAGUGUGACCUUCUCACCUGUCGACCGCCACCGCCCGCCCCCACCUCUCUGACGAGGCGAAGGAGCUGCUCUGAACUUUGGUGCUAUGAUUUGCUGCAUACAAUCGCACGCACCCUUCCAAACUGCCUCAGACUGGACGGAGAGAGGAGCCGAACUGGAAAUCAUUCACACGAAAGACAACAAUUCUAGACUUCACCAGUUUGGCCGACUGGACGACAGAUGUUUUCCCUUCCUUCGAAGAUACUUGAGACUAUUUUUAAUUUCGUAGUUUCUGCCUGUCUGAAGGCCUAUUGUGAAUCUGACGCUCAGCAUUUCCUGUCAGAGAAAUAAUUUGAGUUCAAAUGAACGAUUCUGAAUAGUAGAUCUUUUUUUUUUUACUCAAGCAUGUACAGACUAACUAGUUUUUCAUUUUCCCUUCAUCAGUUUGUGCCUUCGUUUCGUCUGGACUUGAAUUGGCCAGAGACGUGUAAGCUGUGUCAAAAUAACACGUUUCCUUUUCUUAUGGUAGAUAAAUACUCAGAAAUACCCUUCAGCAGCCCCCUGUUCAGCAUAACUGCUAUCCUGAACCCUGAAAGUGAGAAUAGCAAAACCUUUUUAUCGGUGUUCACUCUUUAAGCCAGAUUAAAAUAAAUUAAUGUUCCUACAGCGAUGACCUCACCAGAAUGCUCCGUGUUUGGAACAAAGAGAGGGUGACUCGUGCUCACGAUGGCAGACUGAAUUGAUGUAAAUCACUGUAAAUGUGUUUUCCAUGGUUUGUUUCGUGUUUUGUACUGGAUUUGCUGUGUGUGACGCGCUGCUUCGUGCUGCGGCGUAGCAGCGUCUCAGUGAAGCCGGCCUGAAAACAUCUAGCCAUUGUAUAUUGUUUCUGUCUGUGUAAUUAUAGUAAAGAUCCUUAAACCUGACAAACAACUCUUAUUUUUAUCAGCUGCUGCCGAAAGGCAGGAAGUGGUGAUUUUGCUUCAGAGUGUGGGUUUUAACAAAAUGUCUCAUAAAUUGAAAGAAAAGUU